CGACAUUAAUGACAGAUGACAUAACCCCACAACCUUGAGUGUGUGCCAAAAACCAGUAAAAACCGGAAUUUGCUUGAGCAGACUCAAGUAAUCGUAACCCAAAAUCCUUUAAGCCACUUAUUAUGCAAAAUCACUUUUAUUUUCCCACAACCCGCGCCAGCAAUGACAGGGCCGGAGUCUCGAUUCGAGUGCCCGAUUUGUUUGGCAUGGUUGCGGGACCCCGUUUUGACAACCUGCGGGCACAGGUUUUGCCGCAGUUGCAUGGAACUGUGGUUGGAGAAAGAAAAUCCGUCGUGCCCCAUAGAUAACACAAAGCUGCAAAAGGGGGUAGAUAUUUUCCCUGAUAAUUUCACUCGGAGGGAGAUUUCUCAGCAAAAAACGAAGUGCCCGAAUAUCGCGAAGGGUUGCUUGGAGGAGCUGUCGCCUCUCGACGUGGAAACUCAUCUGGUUGUUUGUAAAUACAGACCACCUGAGUUGCCUGAGAAUGAGAAAUUGAGGUGCACUUUUGUGGAGUUCGGGUGUGAGGAGAAGUUUGAGGAUGAACCAGAAUUGCAGAGACACGUGGACCAGCAGAUCCAGAAGCAUCUCAUGCUGUUGUCACGAGCGUACUCAAGGUUUACUAUUAGUAGUCAGAGUGGGGCUAGCACGUCUGCUAUCGCACAAGAAGCAAAUUUCUGGGAUCCCCCGUCCAAAAACGAGGUGGCUGUACCCAGUAAUGAUAACCUAAAUGGGUUGCUAAAGGCGCUGUAUGAGAAGGUUGUUUUAUUGGAACAAAAAACUCGUGAACAAGAUAUUAUUAUUGCGAAUAUGUCUGAACAAAUCUCGUCUCUUAAUUUGUCUAUGACAAAGAUGCAUUUACGUUAUUGUAAUGGAUGCUAUCUGUGGUAUUUUAAUGAGUUUAAGAACAAAAUUAACUCAAUGAGGAAUGAUUCUCGCAUUAUGCAUUAUAGCCCGGGGUUUUACACAUCUGCAAAUGGAUACAGGCUAUGUAUCCGCCUGAAUCUCUCCCCCAAAGACCCAAACUACGUGGCAAUUUUAAUUCACGUAAUGAAAACCGAACAUGACCAUGCCUUGGACUGGCCUUUUAGUGGUAGAUUGACCAUAACUUUGAUCCAUCCGACUCAGACUUUUCGCAAUAUCAAGGAGACGAUGAUGACACGCCCUGAGCUAGAAGCCUUUAGACGGCCCGUCCAGGAGAUGAACCCCAAAGGUUUCGGUUACACCGAGUUUGCCUUAAUCGAGGAAUUGUUCAGUCAAGGUUACACUGAUAAUAACCAGUUGUUGAUAAAAGUUCAAGCUCAACCCGUUUGAAACAAUAAACUUUUUUAAAAUGUU